CGUCCUUGUCACCUGUCACCCACCAACAAAUUCAAACGCAAUACAUAAUGCAAUAGGACCAAAAAUAACUUCAGGAUGAGUGCUAUUUUGAAAUUCAUCCGUGAAAAUCACAUAUUGGCAGUAAUAGAACAGGCGGUCGCGAAAAAGAAAUCCCGUUUGAGUCUGAACGCUUUCGAAAUAGCCGAAAUACCGAAUCUCUUAUACAGCUGUUUAGACGUCGAACAUCUCUAUCUGCAUAAAAAUAAAAUAUCUUCAUUAUCAGUGCAGUUAACUCAACUAUCGAAUUUAACUACUUUAACUUUAGAUUACAAUAACUUAACUUCGCUACCAUCGGAGAUAAGUAACUUGAAAAAUCUCGUGAAUUUGAACAUAAGUUACAACCCAUUGAACGUAUUGAUACCUGAAAUCGGAGAGUUGGAGAAUCUUGAAGCGUUCUGGUGUAACAGAAUAGGAUUGAGAGAGAUUCCAAAGGAAAUAGGUAAGCUCUCGAAACUGGAUACAUUUGGAGCUCGUGGAAAUGAGUUAAAAGAAAUACCUGAAGAAAUGACAGCUCUGCAGAAAUUAAGAUGGUUGACAUUAGAGUAUAAUCAAAUAGAAACUUUACCAAGCACCAUGGAUAAGAUGGAGUCUCUCGUACAUUGCAAUCUGAGAAACAACCAGAUCAAAGAAUUCCCCAUGUCCAUAAUGAAAUGCACAGAUCUAAUGUUUCUACAGCUCAACAAUAAUGAGAUUUCAUCAAUGCCGGAGAAUUUUGACACUGCACCACUCACAAUGUUAGAAAUGAUUGAUAUCAGAUCUAAUCCAAUAUGUGACCUGCCUCAUCAAGAUUAUCCCUUGGUGCGUUUCACUGAAGAAAUAAUGCCUAAUCCUCAGCCAUCAAGCAGCAGAGCUCAUGCUACUCAGGCGUUAGCUGUUAAUGCGACUGCUUUACGAUUGCCAGCCGUGCCCGCGGCCAGACAUAAUGACCCACUUGUUAUAGCGGAUUUGGAACUGGACGCCUCAUCUAUUGAGUCGUCUGAGGACUGGGAGAAUAGUGUGAACAGCUCGGAGCUCGACGUGCAGUACCAGAGCGACGAGGAACGCGCAGAGAAUGAGGCAAUAGGUAUGGUGUUGCCAGAUUUUAAAAGCAACGAGAAAAAUUAUUGCCAGUCAAUAUGA